AUGGCGCAAGAACAAGCCAGUAGCAUCGAAAAGAUUCGCUUCCAUUCCAAGGAUGUACCUGAGUUGCGUGAUGACCUGAUGGAGCUUGACGCGUCUGACACUGAGGCGCGUCUCGCUCAAACAAUAAGAGAUUUGCGGGCACGCGUCGAGGAACAACAGGCUGCAUUGGAGACGCUGCGAGCAAAAUCACACGUCAACAUUGAGGCUGCCGCCUUUGCUUCCUCGGAUCCGCAUGAGAGGCUUCAACAACUUCGUGCUGUGAAAGACGCGUAUAAGCGCCUCACGGCUGUUGCACCCUUCCUUCCAGAGAAGGGCUCUGUACUUCCCACGCUUCUGAUCGCUCGUACCCUACAGCACAACGUCCAGGGGACCAAGCGGGCGAUCUCCAGCACACAACAGAAGAUAACAACGACAGAUGCGUUAUUACGCCGCGAGGAAGCAAACUUGAAAGAUGCAGGGCUCCUCACGCAUUCAAUGGAGAAUCGAAUUGAGAGAUUGCGCGCGCAAGAAGAAGCUCGCUCACAGAAAACACCUGCACAACUGGCUCGAGAGUUGAUAGCAACCAAACGUGCACAAAAGGAAACUUAUGAUGCAGCGACACGGUCACUUGAGGUUGAUUUAAACGACUUCAUCAACGAUUACCUGGCAGCAAUGAUAGCAGCCGAAGAGCUAGGAGGACCAGUCGUUGGUGACAUACUGAAUGUUCAGGAUGGCACUCUUGCAGCAGGCUUCACCAAGCAAGGAAAAGCGAAGUCAACUAAAAAGGCUCCAUCCGACAAAACACGUCAACGAAGGAUCGACCAGAUUUGGGGAAACAAGCCGGCCAUCGAAGAAGACGAGGAGCCGCCAACAGAAGCUGAGGCAGCCGAUGCGGCAAUGCGGCAAUUGAUUGAAAAUUUGUUCGCAACCUUAGUCGGACCUGGCGGAGGGAAGGCAUAUUAUCAACUGGACCGAGAUUCGGCUGCGACCCGGUUUUUGGUCAGAGCGAAAAUCGCGCAGUUCCAUCCUAAAGAUGCAAAGAAACUUCGCUUGAUCGAUUUUGGAAGAGAACUGGACGAUUAG